UGGGUCGUUUGGAUGCCAUAGGAAAUAUGAAAACGUCUACGACGACGUCAAUGUUUCAUUUUAAAAUCCAACUUUAGGACACAGUUGCAGUGUGAUCCUCUCAUCUGCUGUAAAACACGCUGUCACGUGCAGUGCUGACUAAAUGUGUUUUUCUGGCGAGUUUGAUCUUUUCAAAUGAGGAAAAUCUUACGAGUUUUACGAUAAGCCCUGAACACAGCACGCCUCAACAACGAAGAUGGCGUGUUGUGGAAACUGUUUUUGUUGCCAAUGUUGCUGUCGAGAAGGAGAGACGCGGACACCCGAAGAACUGUGUCUGUCAAUGUCUUUCUUUUUUAAAGACAAUCCUCGGGGAAAUCCGGGAUGAAGAAGAUGAGAUUCUACCCAGGAAGGACUAUGAGAGCUUGGAUUAUGACCGCUGCAUCAACGAGCCCCAUGUGGAGGUUCUGGAGGGGAUGGACAACAAGAAAGCCAAAAAAUAUGAAGCAGUACGGUGGAUGAUGAUGUUUGCUAUUGGAGUGUCAGUGGGGCUGGUGGGGCUGUUCGUGGAUUUCUUUGUACGCCUCUUCACCAAAAUCAAAUUUGCUGUGGUUGGUGAUUCUGUAGAGAAGUGUAGGGACAAAGGCUGUCUCCCUCUGUCUCUGCUGGAGCUCCUGGCAUUCAACAUGACUUUCAUCUUUAUCGCCAGUGUGCUCGUCCUCAUUGAGCCAGUAGCUGCAGGUUCGGGGAUCCCAGAAAUCAAAAGUUACUUGAAUGGAGUGAAAAUUCCUGGAAUUGUCAGGCUGCGAACUUUUCUCUGCAAAGCUGCUGGAGUCCUGUUCAGUGUUGCUGGAGGUCUGUUUGUGGGGAAAGAAGGUCCGAUGAUACACAGUGGAGCCAUUGUGGGAGCUGGUCUUCCUCAGUUUCAGAGCAUCACUUUGAAGAGGAUCAAAUUUAAUUUUCCCUACUUCCGCAGUGACAGGGACAAGCGAGACUUUGUCUCAGCAGGCGCUGCUGCUGGGGUAGCUGCUGCCUUUGGUGCUCCUAUAGGGGGCACACUCUUCAGUCUGGAGGAGGGCUCCUCUUUCUGGAAUCAGUCCCUCACAUGGAAAGUGCUCUUCUGUUCCAUGUCAGCCACUUUCACUCUCAACUUCUUCCGUUCGGGGAUUAACUUUAACAAGUGGGGCUCUUUCCAGCUGCCUGGUCUGCUCAACUUUGGAGAGUUCAAGUGUCCAGAUGGAGAUAAGAACUGCCACCUGUGGACAGCAGUGGACCUGGCCUUUUUUAUCCUGAUGGGAGUGGUGGGUGGCCUGCUGGGGGCGCUCUUCAACUGCAUGAACAAGAACCUGGCCAAGUAUCGCAUCAGAAACAUCCACCCCAAGGCCAAGUUUAUAAGAGUCCUUGAGAGUCUGCUGGUUACCAUGGUGACAACAGUGGUGAUAUUUGUAGCUUCCAUGCUGUUGGGUGAAUGUCGUGACCUAUCCUCCCCCACAACCCAUAACACCACGGUGUCUGGCAGCGAGGACAUCAACUCAACCAUCCGCCAGUUCUUCUGCACCAAUAAGACCUACAAUGACAUGGCCACGUUAUUCUUCAACCCCCAGGAAGCUGCCAUUCAUCAACUCUUCCACCAGGAUGGUACCUUCAGUCCUGUGACUCUGUCAGUGUUCUUCCUGCUGUACUUCCUGUUGGCCUGUUGGUCCUACGGUGUGUCUGUACCAAGUGGUCUCUUUGUCCCCUCACUGCUCUGUGGAGCGGCUUUUGGACGUCUGGUUGCCAACAUCCUCAAAGUGAAACUGGGAAUGGACAUCUACUCUGGAACCUUCGCUCUCAUCGGAGCUGCCGCCUUUCUUGGAGGUGUGGUCAGAAUGACCAUCAGCCUGACUGUCAUCCUCAUUGAAUCUACCAAUGAAAUCACAUACGGACUGCCUAUCAUGAUCACUCUAAUGGUGGCUAAGUGGACUGGAGAUUUCUUCAACAAGGGCAUCUAUGACAUCCACAUUCAACUGAGAGGAGUGCCUCUGCUGGAGUGGGAGACUGAGGUUGAGAUGGACAAGCUGACAGCCAGUGAUAUCAUGGAGCCCAACUUGACCUAUGUCUAUCCCCACACCCGGGUCCAGUCUCUAGUCAGCAUCCUGCGCACCACUGUCUAUCACGCCUUCCCCGUAGUCACUGAAAACCGGCAGAAUGAACAGGAUUUCAUGAAGGGAAACAUCCUGAUCAGCAACAAUAUCCACUUCAAGAAAUCCAGUGUGAUGUCCCGUGCGGGGGAACAGAGGCGGCGCUGUCAGUCCAUGAAGUCGUACCCAUCAAGCGAGCUGAGGAAUGUUUGUGACGAGCAGAACACUGUCGUGGAGCCGGCAGAGGAGGGAGAGGACUUGCUGCAGCAGAUGUUAGAGAGAAGGUAUGCUCCCUAUCCCAACCUGUACCCAGAUCAGUCUCCCAGUGAGGAGUGGACCAUGGAGGAGCGCUUCAGACCACUCACCUUCCAUGGCCUCAUCCUGCGUUCCCAGCUGGUCAACCUCCUCAUCAGAGGGGUCUGCUAUGCUGAGAACCAAUCGAGCGCCACUCAGCCCAGGCUGUCCUAUGCAGAAAUGACUGAAGAUUACCCCCGUUACCCUGACAUCCACGACUUGGAUCUCGCCCUGCUCAACCCCCGCAUGAUAGUGGAUGUCACUCCCUACAUGAAUUCGUGUCCCUACACAGUGUCUCCCAACACCCGCAUCUCCCAGGUAUUCAACCUGUUCAGGACCAUGGGCCUGCGACACUUACCAGUGGUCAAUGCUGUUGGAGAAAUUGUUGGAAUAAUCACAAGACAUAAUCUAACCCACGAGUUCCUUGUGGCCAAACUGCGACAGCACUACAUCACUAUUUGAUCUGAUUCUGGACGUCCUGCCGUGCUUCCAGUCCAGACUCUAUUUAGCCAGGUCCUGAGCCUUUGCUAGCUCAGUAUGUAGGCAUCCCCAAAUACAUCCAGGACAUUCAAAAUAUAACACAUCCAUAUAAAUAUUCUUUGUGGUAAAGUAGGAACACAGUUCAUCAGUAAGUCAAACCAUUCAAUUGUAUUUCACUCAAGUCUAAAUAUGUUUAGUGUUGAGGAAUUAUCAGCCUUCCUCUAGCCUCAGAUCCAGUGUUCUGCUCAUUAUUAAUCCAUUAACAAUAAUGUAUUUUAUUUAUUUCUUUUUUAUUACUCCCACAAAAUCUGUGAUUGUGUCCUUUCUCCUUAAAAUGCCUUGUGUGAAUGUCAUCUGCUCAGUAAGCACAGCUAAGGCAGCCUAUGAAAUCCUAUGAAAAAUUUAAAUUUGACAACAAUGUUCCUGUACUGUUAUGUUAAUGAACGAUGUUCACUAAUAAUGUAAUAUUAUUUAGGUAAUGCGUUACUGCCCAACCCUGCUUAAAUCCGCUGGGCUAAACACAGGAGCAAUCUGUAUAGAAAAAGUUUGCUAGCAGCAGCGUGAAUCAUAUUCUUUAAUUUAACUUUUAAGUUCUGCUCCUAGUUUUUCUCCCUUUCACCCACACACACAGAUGAAGUUCAAAGGUCUGGUAUUAAGCUCAUAUAAUGUGGUUUCUGCUGGUUGGAGACACAAUUGACCAAUCAGAGCUUUGUAGGGAGAAUUUGGAAUAAAAUAGUUGUCUUUGCUAGCACAAGAAAAAACUUGCAAACUGUGCUGAACAGACACCAUGCUCAUCCGAGAAGUUAUGUGAACAGGCGUUUCCUCAUUAUAAAUUGGGAAAAUCUUGACAUGCAUACAGGUAAUGUUGUUUGCUGCCGCUCAAUUUUGGGUUAAAACAGCAUGUUUGAAUUUGUCUGAACUCAAUAGUUUGAAAAAAUGACAGCUACCCAAGUCUGGGGUACAACAAAUUACCAAAGUAAAAUAUCAAGAUUUCCUUACUUCCUUCAUGACAGACACUUUUAUUUAACCUUUAAAGUAUGCUUUAUCAUAGUUGUCACUGUAGCACUUUUAUUUUUGGCUGCUGUCUGGACAUUUUGAUAUACUGUGUAAGGAACUGGAAUUAUAUGCACUAAAAGUAGGCCAACAUCCCCUCACAGCCUUUGGUUAAAUUGGACUGCAGUAGUUCUCGGAGGAGUUUGUUUUCUGACCAUGUCAUUAUUCCACGUUGGACAUACAGUAACAUUUCUAACCACUUCAGCAGUCUGUAAAUACAUUAGCAUUGUUUUGCACUUAUGUUAUAAAGUAAUGUUGUCACUGUCAUUCAGUUAGUUCAGUGUUACACAAGGAACAGCAACAGGGAAUUUAAAGGACAAGCUGUAAAAAUCACAUUUUGAUAAAACUAAUAUCUAAAAUAUACAUAUACAUAUAUACAUAUGUUAUGCCUCUGCUCCUAUGUAUUCAGCAGAGUCAUAUGUUUCUGGUCCAUCGUCCUAGUUCAUCAGUCCAUUGUCAUUCCUGAAAGGGACUAAAAAUGUGCCUCGGAGCAAAAAUAAGUGAAGCAAGUGGAAUUGUACGUCAGGUUGUCAGAUUAUUAGAUACCACAGCGGCACAUAUACACAUCAAACAUCCUGACAUCCUGAUUUGUUCCUUGUCUCUGCUUUUUAUGUUUUUAUUUAAGAAAUUAUUUUUUAUACAGUUUUAUUUUUAUGAUUUGCUGCCUGUCCUGUCAAUGAUUUGGUGUCCUGCAACUGAUGAUGAUGAUGAUGAUGAUGAUGAUGAUGAUGAUGAUGAGAUGAUGAUGAUGAUGAUGAUGAUGAUGAUGAUGAUGAUGAUGAUAUCAUUGCUCUUGCUUUAAAUAAAUAAUAAAUUGGUAUGCAAAGUAUUAUAUGUCCAGCUGUGAAGCUGACCUGAGGGACUGUUUGCUAAAUACACUGUGUUUCAUAUGACUUCUAUAGAGAUAUAUCUAGCACCUUGUGCUUGUUUAGGACUUUGUAAUUUCUACAAAUGUAGACUAAGCUGAACUGGCACAUGGCAAAAAAAAGUUAUCUCUGUCUUGUGCCUUUCAAUAAUAAAGGUCCUUCUGUUUUGCCAAUCAUA